AUGUCAUCAACAGGAUCUUUUCUCUCUUUUCUGUUUCGAAGCAAAGAAAAAUCUGUGGACCGUGAAGUCAUCCAAAGGGCUGUACGGGUUGCACCUUUCUCAAACAGAUUGGCCCAUGCAGUUCCUCCAAAUAUCCAAGGGCUUCGCUGCUUGGCAAACUUUGAAGCACUUAGGUUUUCAGAACCUAUACGCACACUUGCUGCAAAAAUGGUGGAUAGGAUGGUUAAGAAUAGCUCUAACAGUGGGGGAAAGUACGUUUCAGUGCAUCUCCGGUUUGAAGAGGAUAUGGUUGCAUUUUCAUGUUGUUUAUAUGAUGGUGGUGAGGAAGAAAAACGUGAGAUGGAUAUUGCUCGUGAAAGAAGUUGGAGAGGAAAAUUUCGUAGAAGGGGCAGAGUAAUAAGGCCAGGUGCAAUUCGGGUGGAUGGCAAGUGCCCAUUAACUCCAUUGGAGGUUGGAAUGAUGCUUAGGGGUAUGGGUUUCAAUAAUAACACCUCAAUUUAUGUUGCUGCGGGAAAAAUUUAUAAAUCUGAGAAGUAUAUGGCCCCACUGAAGCAGAUGUUUCCACUUUUAGAAACAAAGGAUACAUUAGCUUCCCCAGAAGAACUUGCUCCAUUCAAGGGCCACUCAUCUAGGUUGGCUGCUCUUGAUUACACAGUUUGCCUUCAUAGUGAAGUAUUUGUCACGACUCAAGGAGGUAAUUUUCCCCACUUCCUGGUGGGUCAUAGACGCUACUUCUAUGAAGGACAUGCCAAAACAAUCAAACCUGACAAGAGGAAAUUAGCUGUAUUAUUUGAUCGCCCCAAUAUCAGCCUCAGUGGAGCAGAGGCUAGUCAAGCUCCAGAUGGACUGUUUUUGCAUGUGGGCUUGCAUACGAGACUCCAGCUUUAG